AUGAAUUAAUUACUUCUCGAUGGAGUAAAAUAAAUAGAAAGUAACUCUGGUCUUAAUUCUCCUUUGAGCUUGACUUUCAGAUUGUCUAAUACGUUAAGCUAUCAAGACCGAUAAGCAAAAAAAAGAUAAAAGUCAAGAAGUUAAUAAAAUCAUUUUGUUUUACAAUAGAAAACAAUAACAGGACCUUUAAGAAGGAAAAGCUGUUACUGCGAUGAAUGUGGGUAAUUGGGAACAUUUUAAUAUAAAUGUAUGAAUAUUAUGGGACCAAUACCAUAUCGAAAAGCAAUUCUUACAAGAAGGGCAUCUAAUUAACAUAUAUAAUCUGCUUACCCUAAAUCUGCUUAAAGAAUGAAGUAAUCAUUAAAAAAAAUGAAGACUUAUGAUGAUAGUAAAAUAAAAGCAAUGCAAGAUGUUAUACAGGAAUAGAUGACAAAAUUACGGUCAUAAUACUCGAGACAAUCACAAUUAAAGAUGUAUUAAUUAACCCAAUACACCCCUAAUUGUUCCCCAAAACAUUCAAAAACUCCAAGAAAUUUACCUUACCUAUCUCCUUACGUGACUCUUAGAAAAAUAGAUUCCAAAUUGCUUAAACCAUUAAAAUCUACCCAAUUAAUCCAAUAGAGAUCAUAACUAUUGACUUUGCAUCGAACAAAAUAUCACCACAAAACAUUGUCAACUGUUUGUCCACUCUGA